AUGAAUGCUCUCCUGGAAGAGUUGCUCUGCAACGAAUUUAGAGCACGAUACUGGGCUCUUAUUAGCAAGGUCACAUCUGCAGUUCAUGGACACGUUGAUAUUAACCAGUUGACCUUGCUGGGCGAUAAAUUAGAUAUGUUCAUGUCACGGUUUGAUGAAAAUCGUACCGUUUUCGAGGAGUUUGAACAGGGAAUGCUGUAUGACAACCUUUUGCGAAUACAAACAGACCUUCGACUACAAUACCAGGAAGCUAUCGAAUAUUCACAUCAUGGUGCUCCGUCACUCGUUCAUACUGUUUAUACUGGGGGACAAGGAAGGCCGCGUCUCUUGAUUGAUGAAGGAUUCCUCCGGAGAGCCUAUAGUAUGGCGUCAACUGAAGCAACAGCAAGAUUUUUACGUGUAGGCAGGAGCGUUGUACGGAAUAGACUGCUAGAGCUGGGCAUUGCUGAAAGGCAGGAGAACCCCUUCCAGAAUGAGUCCGAAGUGACAUUCUACACGCAUCCAGUGACUGCUAUAACUGAUGAAGAACUCGAUGGAUUGGUUCAGGAUAUUAGGAGUCGUUAUGAGAACCAGGGUGUUAACGGAUAUGCCGGGUACAUCACAGCUCUUCGUGCAUCCGACAACAAUAGAGGAGAGACUGUACUACAGUUGUUCCUUAGUGCUUUCGUCUACAGGGAGGCCAUGGAGUUGAAAAUAUACUGGUUGCUACAUGAAUGGAACAAUUUAGUGGGACUGGAGAGAGAGCUUAUAUUUGGGGCAGAUCAGUGCAUGACAUACGAAUUGGACGAUUGUGGCGUGACGUAA